AUGGAAGUGAUGGAAAUCGCUGGAAAAGAUCCACUAAGAGCUCCAAUAUCUCUUGCUCUAGAAAUAGAGCUGGAGAGAGAGCGUGAAGAAGAAGAAUGGGGAGGCAUACCACCCCAUCCUGAAGUCUUGAAUGAAGAGCUAAUCAAGCAUGUGGAGAGGAAUCCUUUCUACAAUUCUACUUCAGAUGUGCAAAGGAGCAUCUAUGCAACUUUGAGCAGCUUUGCCACGACUAUGGACUUGGAGACAACCCCAAGAAGAUACAACUUUUCCAACUAUCUAGCUGGACAAGCCAAAGAAUGGGCUAAGUUCAAUGCCCAACAUGCUUUCAAGACUUGGAAUGGAUACAAAGGAGCUUUCCUCUACAGAUUUGCAAAGAAGAAGCACACUCAAGUCCAUGAGGACAAUGAAGAAGAAGAAAGAGAGUAUGAGGAACAAUUGAAUGAUGAAGAUGAAGAGCAGAGCAUCGACAUCAAUGCUUCUCCAAAACAGAGCAGGAUACACCUAGCCCUAGACCCUCGUUUCUCACCCACCAGAAGUCAAGCUUCUGAACUUCCAAGAUUGGAAGCAAUGCAAAGACCAUCACCACCUACUGAAGAAGAAGAUACUUGGCAGUAUGAUCCCAUUGAUCCCAACAAGAUAAGCCCCAUGAAGCUUAAAGAGUUCAAUGCUAAGGUGAAAUCACUUCCAUUCUAUGUCACUUUUGAAGAAGCUUGGGAUAAGCAUGAUCUAGUGGAGUUCUUUUUCACAACUAGUGAAAACAAAGAAGAAGUACAAACUUUUUCAGAAGGCACGAUUUCCCCAUGCCCCUCAUGCAGUCAAUCAAACCAUCAUCAUCACCACCACCUCAAGUGGUAUGUCAAUUCCAUAUCAAGAGAGAAGCUUGCUGAGUUCAAUCAGUUUGUCCAAACUCUUCCAGCCAGCAUGUCUUCCAAACAAGCUUGGCGCCACUACCCAUUCACCACCUUCUUCCACAACUGCAGAGAGACACCUCAGGACAUCAAAGAGCUUUUUGAGAAAGCUAAAGUUCAGCCUACCUUCAAGACCCUCUACAAGAUUGAAGACCCAGGUCAAUUCUCUAUUCCCUGUCAAGUAAAUGGUCAUUACUUUGAUAGAACACUAUGCGAUUCUGGCUCUUGCAUAAACCUCAUGCCAACCCAAACCGCCAAACUCCUUGGCAUCACACGCUUGCAACCUGCUCAAAUUAGUAUUGGACUUGCUAACCAUACUAUAGCCAAGCCAAGAGGAGUUGUUGUUGAUGUUCUUCUAGAGAUUGGAGAUAUCAAGAUCCCGGUGGACUUUCAUGUCAUGAACAUUCAAGGAGGAUGUGACACACCAUUGAUACUAGGCCGACCCUUUUUGGCCACUGCUGGAGCUGUCAUGGACCUUCCAAACAGGCGAAUGUCCUUAGCCAAUGUUGACAAGACAGUCUUUUACAAGACCAUACCAUUCAUCUCACCAAACAAGCUGUCUUACCUCAUCACUGCCCAAGGCCGCCCAAGAGAGCCACCAGACCACACUCAAGGUCACAAUGAGACAAGAACUAAAAGACUAUGUCUCAGGCCGUGCCCUUACCCCAUCUCCAACUAA